AUGCCUCCAAAGGUUUCAACAAACGUCAAGACAACUGCAUUCCUAGAUGACAAUAGAUUAUCUGCGGUAGAUAAAGAAUUUUUCACAUUCCAAUUUGGUGCCAUAGAAAAUACUAUUGCUAGGUUAUUCUUUAAUAUUUCUUAAUUUAAAGUUAUUUAGUGAUAAUCUUUAGAGCAAAUAAAGGAUUUACUAUUUCACUAUAUAGGUUAAAUAAUAAUUAUAUUAUUUUGGAAAAAGAUACCGAUAAGUAUAAAACAAAGGCUAAUGAUUUAAAUAUUAAAUUAAAAAAUGAGUACGGAGAUGCAAUGAAAAUUUUGGAAGAGAAAACUAACUAUGAAAAAAAAUUAAAGGCGGAAAUCGAAGAACUAUUACAAGUUUGAUUGUUUAUUUCAUCAUUGUUUUAACGAUUUACUACCUAUAUAUCAAAAUAAAUAUAUGUAGGGGAAAGAUUCAAUGGUUGAAAUAAACAGGAACAGACUAAAAGAAAAAGAUGACGAAUUCAUGAGGGCAGUUGGAAUAAUUAAGACCACUACAGCAGUAUACGGUAAUAUUAUAAACGUUCGAUUGCAAAACUCAAAUUUACCUAAGGUUACACUGUGACAGAUUGAAUUAAAAUUUAUUUGUAUAAAUAAUAUGUGUAGUCGGCAGGUUAAACAAGUUGAAGGAAUUUUGUAAACAAGAAGAAAUUCUUGAAGAGAAACUCAUAAACAUGGAACAACAAAUUGAAGCCAUGAAUAAAAACUACGAAGUAAAAUUAAAAAAACUCGAGGAAAAAUAUUUUUAUAACAGAAAAGUGUAAGAAUUUGAAUAAUAUUAUAUUAUUUCAUACCCACCUAGUUUAAUUUAUCAUUUACGACCAUUAAAAUGUUUAUAAAAUAAUUUAUUUGGUGUGUCAUGGGUAAUAUUUUUACGUAAUUUAAUAACUUCUACAACCUAGGAGUAGGAAUAAAUAUUUGCCGUCAGAAAAAAAACCUAAUUAUUUAAUUUAUUAUAUAUAAAAUCAUAUAUUCAUAUAUUCAAUAUAAUCAUAAUCAAAUUCCGUUAAUUAACAUUUUUACACGUUAAUUUUUUGUUUUAUACAGGCUAUAUUUACGUCAACUUUAUAUAUUAUAAAAGUUGUAUAUGGUUAAGUGAAGAUAAGGAUUCGAUAAAAUAAGCAUAGAUAAUGUAAGAAUAUAUAGGUGGAUAGGCGCAACUAGAGGGGUGCUAGACAGUCUUUAGCAUCCCUGAGUUUAAAAUUAACACCCCCAAAAAUCAAAAUCAGGUUUUUCAUAGUAAUGAUAAAUAUAUUAUCCAUGUAUUGCAUAGUUAAUGCACAAAUAAGGCAAUAUUGCUUAGAUUAGAUAUUUAUGGGCUUACUACACAUCGAUAUCAGAAAUAUCAAAAUAAAUUUAACAACCAUUUUAAGUGCUUUUUAUAUUGCAUUUUUCGAGACUUAAAAUACAUAUUUUAUUGAAUUGUUUUAGCAUUUUUAAGAUUUUUCACUGCAUUAAAUUUACAGCCCUAAUGGUAAGUGUUCUUUUUUUUGCGCCUGUGAGCAACUAUUCUAACAGAAAUCUUUCCCCGAUGAAUCAAAUGUCGCACCUUUUUUGAAAGGAAAUUUAAACUUGUUGAUGCAAUGAAAAGGUCAUUUGUUGUUUUUCCAAUGGGUUUUCAAAAUAAUUGGGUAAAUCAGAAAUCAAAAUUAAAGGAAAAUAGGCAAAUAUUUAUGGCAUACCGUUCACUGUUUUUAAUUUUUUAGAACUAUAUUUUCUACGAGAAAUCUUCCUUCAAUAAAAAAAACCACAUGAUACCUUUUUUGUCGCAUUUUUAAUCUAGUUGGUGAGUAAGAAAUUUGGUUUUGGAUUUUCUCUGUAUUUUUUUUUUCAUAGUUGAGCAAAAUCGAAACAAGUAGAAAAACGAUAAAAUUCAUAAAAACUAUUUUUUAUUAUUUUCAAUUAUGUUUUUUUGUUAUAAUUUAGUUAAAAAUAUCUGUAGAAGCUUGAAAUUUUGACGAAAACUUAUAUUUGCCUUUUUGAGACAUAGUCAAAUUAAAAAAAAAUAACCCGAUACUAGGGACUGAUGUGGCCACUGUUAUAGAUGGAUAGUGAAGAAGGUUGGGAUACGUAAAAUUAUUUAAUUUAUACCUGUAACUAGCGAUAAAUCAUUAAUACCGAAAAACGAUUCGAUGUGAAGUUGGUUAUAAAUGUUUUGAAAGCCCAUAAUGUUCUAUUUAGAUAGGUUUUCGUCAGUGCAUGUUAAGCUUUGUUGCCAGCCUGGUUCUAAAAUAUUAAAAUUAAUAUUCUAAAUAUUAUUCAUAUAACUAUUAUUUUGAAUGUUAAAUAAAUGCUAAAAAAAAGAUCUGCAUACUUCGUACAAUGGGUGCAGCCACUGUUGUUGAAAAGUUAGGAAUGUAGAAUAUAGUGAAGAAUUUAAUUUGUACGCAAUGAUAAACAGCAAUGCUAAUAAAAAACUAUUCGGUGGUAAGUUUCUUACAUGUAGGAUGUAGGUACUUUAAUAUUCCAGUUUUUCCUACCUUUUUCCUGAUUUUUCCCAAUUAUUAUGAAAAUCAUUUGGAAUAUCAAAAAAACAUUACCUACUUAAAGUAUUAAAUAAAUAAAAUUUCCUUUCAGAAUAGAUGCUAUACUUUAAAAUCAAAGCAAGAUAGUAGAAAAGUUGCCCACAUUUAAAAAAAAAUAAUAAAAAGACGUUUUAGACGAUUCUGAGUGGAGUUCAUUUGAUAAUGUUGCUUUGUUAACGAUAUUUAUGUCAUAUUACGAUAAAAUUCCAAUUAUUUCAAUUUUAAAAUUAAAGUGGAUCCCGUUUUUCUUCGGUCUGUCACAUUUGAUGAGAAAAUCGAAAAAGUGUUUCCUUAAAGUACUUACUCACACCAAUUUAUUUUCAAAACAGGUGCUACACAUAAAAAUCUCUGGUAGAAAAGUUGUUCACAGAACAAAAAAAAAAAAAUAAUAAAUAAACAUCAUUCUAAAACCAUAAGUUUCUUUUCUCUUCUCUACUCAGGGUCUAAAAUAAAUAAACAUUACUAGUCAAUAUAUUUCUCGUACGCUCUAAAUCUAAAAUAAGUUAGUGUUUCGGUGAUUUUUUUUAUCCGUGACUUUUUUAUCCUAGAUUUCAUAUAGCAGAAUAUAUCUGUCUUCUGUCGCCAGUAGUUUCCAGCUUCUUGGCUUUAAUAGUCCUAAGUAUACAUAUUCAAUACUCAGCAAUCAACUUGAAUGUUUGAAUAAAAAAUAUUUAUUAAUUUAGAUAAAUUAUUGAAAAUAGAAUGCAAGUAGGUUUGUAGGGAUAUUAUAUAGGCUAACAACACUUCUUGAAUAUAAUGUUUUAUUGAAUUUAAAACGUCGUCUCUUUCAGAAUCCAAAAAGGGAUGUUGCAACGGUGCUUCAACUUUGCAUUUCACACAAACAAAUUAUUUAUGUCAGAUUUACAUCCUAGAGUUCAGAAGAGUUCCAACGAGAUUCUUGAUCUUGAAGAUAUGGUAGGCCCAUUAAAAUUAUUUAUAUUAUACAAGGUACCUAACAAUCUAGCACUGCCUGGGUCUUAUAUUUAAAGCUCAAUCCUAUCCGAAAUAAAAACUUUAGUAACCCGAUUAGGCCCGUGCAGGGCUCUAGUAAAUACAUAAUAAAAUAUUUUUUCUAUGAUAACAUUUUUAUUUUUAGUUGAAAAAACAACAAGUACUAAACAUGGACCUGGAUAAACAAAUUCUUCAAAAAAGGGAAGAAAAUAAGCGUUUUUUAAGGUUAAUAAAGUCAAAUGCGAAAAAUAUCGACACGUUAAAAGAUACUUAUUACACCAAGGAAGAAAAAGUACAUUUUUAAUUAUACAAACAUAAUUAUGACGUCCCAUGAGCUAUAAUACCAUUAUGGCAUGUAUGUGUGUUCCUUGUUUUGUGGUGACAUUUUUGGUGAAACAUAAUGUUUAUUGGUUAAAUGUUGGGGAAUUGCUAUAAAUUUCAAAUAUAAAUUACGUACGUUGAUUGACAUAUAAAAGUGAUAAAAUAAAUUUAUCAUGCACAUGAAAACCUUUUUUUUUAUGGUGGGUGAUAAAAUUAUCAGAAUCGGGGAUUUUUGAUUGAUAAAGUCAAAAUUUGACUGAUAACACCAAUUUUAUCACGAAUGAAUUUAAGAACACACGUAUUAUUAAAUUAAAAUAUAGGUAUACAUGUCCAAUACAAUGUUUUACAAUGACACAAGGUGAAAGGAGUAAAAAAAGAACUGGCCGAGGUUCUGGAAGAUGUGAACCGUUUGUUGGAAAACUUAGAUAAAGACAUGGGUCGCACGCGUCAAAAACAUCACAGUAAGUUACGGAGUGCAGUUGGCGAUGCUGUACUCGAACUACAAUCCUUAAGCCAUGACAUGCAUAUAGUCCAAGAGGAUUUGUCUGGUAUUCAGGCUACCAAUAGGAAGUUGGACGAGUUCAUUUGGGAAAUCGAAGAUUUACUGUUAAAGACUUAUGGAAAAACUUUGAAUCACGCGGAAGAGGUUAAAACUUUGUAUCAUUAUUAUUAUCUAUAAUAUUAGGUCACAAGAGAAGAAAUCUUGAAGCCAGCGCCGGCGGGAGGCCCAGGGUAGAUUUUUUCGGGCCCUAGAAUUUAUUUUUCGUAAAGACAAAAAAAAAUUCUUGGCACAUCCUAGUACUUAAUCGUAUAUAAUUGUUUUCUAUUUUACAUAACUUACCUAAACAUUCUUUUUUUACCCAACUAAACAAAGAAUUAAAAGUACGCUCUUCAAUAUGUAUUUAAUUUUUUAAAUAUUAAACUACAAAUAUUAUUUUGCUCCUAUACUCUAUAGAUACAAUUUUUAUAUUCAAUAAAAUGCGAAAAAUUAAAUGUUUAGGUACACUAAAUACGUUUUACACAAAAAUUAAAAUAAAAAUUUUUAGAUUUUAACAUCAAAGUUGUUUUUUCUAGCUUUGGCUGCAUUAAAAAUUUAAAUCAGCUCAUUAAAAUCUAAUGAUUUAGUAACUUCAUAUUUAAUAGAAAGAGUAGCUUAUAAGUUUACACUGUGAUAAAGAACUCCUUAAGUUGUUUUUAAUUAAUUUCAUUUUGGAAAAACUUCAUUCCAUACCAGCAGAUGUUACUGUAAUAAAGAGUAUUAUUUGGUGUGUAAUCAAAAUAUAAGGAAAAGAAUCAUAACUUUUUUUAGUACUAAAAGAAUUUUAAAAGCUGUCGUUUUUUCAGAAAUCAUAGUACAAAAAAUAAGCAAUUCUUCUUAUAUUAUAGUUCAUAAUCAUCUAUAUCUUUUAAUUCGUCAACAGUUAGAACAUUUUGUGAAUCAUGGCAAAAUUUGUUUAACUCUUCUUUUUCCAUUAAUUUUAUUUUGUUACAUCCGAUAUAAAAAUCAAAGUUGUUAUUAAAUGAUAUGAAGCUGUAAAAACGAUGGAAAUGGUAUCUUGAUCAACAAUAGUUAAAAAAUAAUUUUGAUUAAAAUAGUUUCUUUAUGGUUCAUCUUGAGUUUCAUAUGAAAAUAUUUGUUUUAUUUGGUUCGUACAAUUUUUUUUUUUUUUUUAAAGCAGUAGGAGCUUCUGCCAAAUCUUUAGCAGUUGUAUUGACAGAUUUAAAACCAGUAUUUCUAUAGUCAUUUAAAAAUGAAAGUGACCCAUUCAACAUACUAACUGAAAUAUCUAAAUCCAUUUUCGAGCACUGAAGAUUUGCUUAUUGUAUUAACUUAUAUUAAGAUAAAAUAUCAAAUAAUUAUGCUUGGAAUAAAUUCGUAACUAACAAUUCCAUUUUCUAAGAAUUUACAUUCACUUCUUAUUAAAGAGUCUGACGAUGUAUUUAAUACUUCUUCAUAAUGUGAAAAUACUUAUUUAAAAUAGCCCAUCUAAAGGUAGACACGGAAAAAUUGUGUGUACUUUUUCAAUAGUUCCAAAAAAUGUCAUAGCGUUAAUUGGACUUUUGCGAUAUCGCAAAGUAAUAAGUUCAAUUUGUGUAAAACACAAGGCAUAAAAAAAAGCUAUAGAAUUAAGUUGGAAAAUACCCUGAUACUGACCAGUCAUAUUUGCCCCGUUGUCAUAACCUUGACCUCUAGAGUGAACCCGAUUUUUAAACCAUGGAAACCACGGUUAUAACCGGAAACUUAAUAUUAGUACUUAUUACUGUCAAUGUUGAAUGUACAUUCACACCUACCAGAUGCAGCGAAAAUUAGAUGUAAACAAAUUUGUUUUAAACUCAAAAAGUUAUCAAGGGAUGUUGACUAGUCUAUACACGCUUUAAUCGAAACAAUUAGAAAAUGAACUCUCUUAUGUUCCAACUAGAAAAAAUUUCUUUUCUGAAAAGGUACUAUACUCUAUACAUUGAAGCUUCGAAUAGUUGUAUACAGACAAAACAAAAUCAGCACACAUCAUAGUAAAGCUAAUAGAUCUAAAACUGCACUCCAAAUCUAAUCAAAUAUUUAUAAUAGUGGCUAUAGAAAUACCUACAUAUACUUACAUACUUACAAUACUUACAUUUUUGAAAAAUAAUUUAUUAUAAAUAGGUUGAUAUGUAUUAUAUGGUUUACAUAUUACAUAUAAUAAUAAUAUAAUUCUAUGUAAGUAAUAAUUAGCCAAAACUUUUUGAUAUUUUGCAGUAUUUAAUCAUAAUACAAAUUAUUUCAGAUAAAAUGCAUUAAUAAAGAAGACCGAAUUGAAAAACCGAUGCAAUUUAUUCAACAGUUGUAUACCGAAUUAGAACCCUUUAUGACCAUAUCAGAAGACUUUACUAGACUUGGUUGUCAAAGUUAUUAA